AUGGCAGCGCCAAGUACUCUUCCAGCUCUCCUGGAUUCACUGACGCAGUCAUUGACAACUUCACUGGACGCUGCGCCCAAGACUUCGAUUGCGCCUCCCGAGAAUGGAAUUUCCCUGCUCGACACCAAGAACGAACUUCUGCUCUCUUACCUACAGAACCUCGUCUUCUUGAUUCUUCUCAAGCUACGCAACGCCAAGAAGCAGUCCAACUACAAUGGAAACGCCGACGACACCACAGAGACGGUCGUUAAGAAGCUCGUAGAGCUGAGGCUAUACCUCGAGAAGGGUGUCCGCCCUCUCGAAGACAAGUUGCGAUACCAGAUUGAGAAGAUCCUUCGUGCUGCCGACGACGCUGAACGCCACGCCCACGCCGUGAAGGCUGCGGAGGGUGCUGACUCGGGCGAAUCUGGAUCCGACGAUGACUCCGGUAGCGACGAGGACGAGGACGAAGACGAGGAACUGAAGGCAGCCCACCUGCAAGCCCGACCGGAUGCCUUUGUACGACCGGCUGCUGCAUCUGCUGCAGUUGCCACUGCUCAAAAGGAUGGUGUUUACAAACCGCCAAGGAUCGCACCUACAGUCAUGCCCUCGGAGCGCCGGGAGAAGACAGAGCGUCGGCCGCUCAAGUCUGCCACCAUGGACGAGUUUAUCGAGCACGAGAUGUCGACAGCACCCAUCGCGGAACCCAGUAUCGGCACAACAAUUGUCAACGGCGGUCGCAGGAUGAAGACGGCGGCAGACCGCAAGACGGAAGAGGAGCGUCGCGAGUACGAAGAAACCAACUUCGUCCGCCUCCCUACACAGAGCAAGAAGGCAAAGGCGCAGGAGGCGGCAAAGACGGGUCGUAGCGGUCGCAUGCAGUUCGGUGGAGAGGAAUGGAGAGAUCUGGGCGAGGGUGUUGACCGCAUCAACAGACUCACCGCGCGCAAGAGUGGUGGCGGCACCCGCGACCUGCUCGACAAGAGCCGAAAGCGUGGCAGAGAGACGACGGACGGACCAAGGGGCAGUGGGCAGAUGGAGAUGGGCGAGAGAUUCCAAAAGAAGGCCAAGAUGUUGGAGGCGGGCAGACGCGACAGAGGCAAGCGAUAG